AUGGUUGACGCACAUUCUAUCGGCGCCGGUCUGAAAGUGGUCACUAACUUACAUUCUUCAACUGGUGGCCAUCUUAUAGCUAAGAUGAUUGAAAACUGCCAAGGUUUUGACAUCCAAUUUGGUCUGCCGGUUGAAAAGCAAGAAAUACUUGUUGCCUCUAAUGAAGUGAUAUACUUUUACGCACAAAAAGGACCCGAAGCUCAAUCUUCCAUUUCCAAGUUCAUGGCCCGCUACCCGAUUACUGGACCUGCGAAAGUCAAAUUAAUAUUGGAAAAGAAUAACCUAAGAGGGUACCAUAUUAAAGGUGUACUGCGCAAAGAUUUAAGAGCUGGAAAAUAUGGAAUUGAACUACUCUUUGAUGCAGAAGGCUGUAAAACUGGUCGUAUUCAAUUUAAUGCUGACGCAGUUGUAUCGGAUGAGGAGAAAUCGGUCAAGUUAGCCUUAGACUCACCUUUCAAGGUUCUUGCUGGUGAGGUAGCCCUUUACACGAAAGCUAACAAGGAAUAUGCACUUCUAGCCAAGGCCAAAAUAGACUCUGCUGAAUAUUACGGCAGGUUAGGAUUUGAUGUGCAUAGAGAAGGCUCAAACUCCAUUUACAAGCCUGUAUUAGAGUAUCUGGUACCUGAUAACAAAGAAAAACAAGUUGUUCGAAUAGAUAGGCAAAUCACUUAUGAUAUGAAACAGAGCCAAAUCUCAUGGAAUUUGAGAAAUAUCAAUGCUGUAAUCUUCCAAUCUAAUGACCCACUUGACCUCAAUGGAUAUUACAAAUCUCUAAAUAAUGGAUUCGAUUUGGACGUAAAAGGUAAAAUGGGUCAACAUACCAUGUUGCUCUUUGCUUCCAUGAAUAAUGCAGAAUUUAAACUAGAGUUUCAAAACUCUUUAAAUCCUUAUAUCAACUUCAAAGUUGUUCACAACGAUAUCGAUCUGUGGUACAGUGGGGAUCUUCGCAACUCUCAAAAUCGUGUCACGUUCAACCAGUUCUACAAACGCCAUGAUGAUGAAAAAGGCUUUACUAUUAUAUCGAAGAAUAAAUUUGAAAUUCACUGUCUACCACUAAAGAUCAAAGCGGAUACGCAAAUGGACGGCGGAAGGGUAAAUCUUGAACUAGAGGGUCAAUAUAUCGAUAAAAAGGCUGAACUUGAACUGGAAGCAAGGACUUUCAUUAAGAAAGCUGGAGAUUAUAGUUACAAAUUGAAGGCAGAGUUUGACCGUCAAGGUUUAGAGGCAUUUGUGAAACGUGAUAUUAUUUCUGGUGAUAAAUCUAAUUUCGAAGAUUACAUUGUUAUCAAAGACUUUGGAAAAUAUGAAUUGUCUGGAGUAGUAUUGCACGAAAACAAGGCUAAUGAUGUCAACAUUGGUGCUAUUGGACACCUGAAAGUCUCUGGUGGUGGAAAGAACGAGGAUAUUAAAUUUGAUAUUGGCAUGAUUGAAAACCCCAACCUCUACUCCUCGCACGCCAAGCUGUCUUCAAACAAAGGCGAAUUCUUGGACUACUUGCUUAAAAUUAACCGUGGAGCCAAAGCUAGCGGUCAACUGAAAUUCAUUCUGAAGGAUGCUAUCUCCGCUAAUGGACAGUUCAAGGUCACAGAUAGUGAUGGCAAAGGCAACGGAAUGAUUAUCGUUGAUUUCCAAAAGACGCAACGUAAAGUAAAAGGUGAUGUUAAGUUCGUUGUAAAAGAGCCCGUUUACAAUGCCGAAAUUGACGUGUUCCUUAAUUACGAAAAGGACAAUAAUGACAAGCUUUAUAUUAGCACGAAUAACAAACACACGAACGGUAAACUCGAUUCCAAGAAUAAGGUAGAGUAUGCCGGCAAGAAAUUCGAAAUAAACGUGCUACAGGAUGGAUCACUUCUUGGCGAUUACAAAACUCAUUCAAAUGUUGAAGUUGUACUUCCUACUGAGAGGUGCCUCAGCUUGAAAUUAAACAGAGAUGUCAUUGAAAAAGACAAUACACUAAACGGACACGCAGAACUCAGUUUAUCCGACGCCGAAAAGCGUGGAGGACCGGCUUCAACAAUCACCUAUAAGGGAAAACUUAUUAAUACCAAUAUUGAUAAGGACAAUUUAGACUACGAAGGACAAAUUGAAUUGAAACUUAGGAAUGGCAAACAACUUCUAAAUUCCUUCACUUUUAAGAAUGUUCCGUUAGGAGAAGAUAAAUUCCAAUUUGACGUUAAGAUUGAUGUCAAUGGCAAUCUCAUACCAAAACCGGCAACAUUAACAGCAAGUUCAACUUACAGUGAUAACGACUUAUUUGAUGAUAAGUACAGGCUCAAGGCUUACUACGGCGAUAAUCUGGGAAUCGAGUUGGUUGGUAACUGGAUAUUUAAGACUGAAGAUGGGGUCAAAAAAUACGUUGACGACAGCUCUGUUUCUCUGCGCUUGCCGUUGGAAAAAGCUCACGACAUUAAAUGGAUUUCCACAGCACAGUUCAUUUAUCCAGAAGAGAAGGGCCUAUCCGAGUUCACAGUCUCUGAAUCGGUCCUAGUGAAUGCUGAUACUUACAAAGUCGAUGUUAAUGGAAAAAUCGGAGAAGAAAGUGGAAAUGCUGAAGCUAAGAUAUUGGUGCCUCAUCACGAUCCAUUUGUGAUGCAAGGCAAUUACGAAGUCUCAGCCAAAGAUGGCUACAAAUCUAUCAAGGCUGAUGCACAAGCUCGGUGCGGUAAGAUCAGGAGGGACGUGAAAUUAGUUGUCAAAGCAUCACCCAGUGAACUGGAAGCACUCAUCGUUGCAAACGCACCGGACGCGGAGCAAUUGAAGAAACUGGAGAUUAAGAUCGACAGCAAGAACUCUAAUCCAACUUACAACAACAUAGUGACUAUUCAAGCUGAUGAUCGCGUCUACAAGAUGGAAAGCUUCGUUGUUAUCUCAGAACCCAUAAUCGACCUCAAAUACACGAGCCCUUCUACGUCUAAAACUAGCAGACUGUUCAUCAAAGGAGAGGCAUCACGUGGCAAAUUUGACAUCAAAUUAGAAAACAUCAAGAAUAUUGACUUAGACGCGACAUGCGAGGGCAAUGUUGAGAAGGAAAACUUUUACCUCAAGGCCCAGGCUAACUCUGGAUACUUUGGAUUAAAGAACUACAAGGUGGACAUCAGCAGCAAAGACGCUGGCAACGGCAAACGUCUCGAGUUCAAUGCUGUCAAUGACAAUAAGAAUUUGAUUAGUGGCAGUACCUCAUUCAUCAGCAAGCAAGAAGGCACAAAGACAAUAAUAGAGGGUUCUGGCUCAGUAAAGGUGAAGGAUGAUCAGAAACCAGCUAACUUUAAAUUCAUCCGCACCAUUCUCCCUGAUGGCAUGGAGACAUUCUUGAACGUUGCUAUUGGUGAGCGAAGCUACGUUGCAGAGGCGAGGAUCACCGAAUUAGAAUACAAGACAUCGUACCUCUUCUGUGAAGAAAAGAAGCAGUGUGCCAACAUCGACCUGCACUCGAAGAUCAAUGUUAUUAAACCAGGCAAUUACGAACACCUUGUGAACGUUGACUUUGAUCUGCGGAAAUUAGGUUUCGCGCCCGAGUUUGGUUUACAGAUUUCUAACGAGAUGUCUGAACUCAUUAUACCUAAAUACAGCCUAGACCUUCACGUCAACAAGAACGAAAAGAAGUACCAUCUGCAUGUGUACUGCAAGCCUGAAAGUGGAUUAAUUCCUGCUGGUGUAACGGUGACCAUCCCAUCGCGAGUAUUGGCUUUCGAAUCAGAAGUUCGAUACACUCCCAACGCUGUCUUGUUCUUCCCUAUCCACGGAGAGGUGGCGCUGUACCCUGACAAGAACAAGCCCCAACAAAAGACAGCAGCCAGAAUGAGCUUAUCUGCUGCGACUAGUGACUCUCACAGCUCUGCUCUCGCUGACUUCGGAUUAAGUCAUCCCAAACUUGGCGAGGAGAUGACACUUAAAGUCAACGCAAAAUUAGAUCGUCCGCGUGAGAACACCAUAGAGAUUGAAACUUCUACAGUACUUUCACACAAUUGCUUCGGAGGCAAACGUGAAUUUAAAAUCAAAAUGGAUGCUAACCCAACUCACGUGAGAUUAUUGGUCAACACACCCUUGGUCAAAGUCCUUGAGUUGGAAGGUUCAGUACUCGUGGAUGACAAGAGGCAGCAAGGUGACAUGAACUUCAGCCUCUUGGAAGGAAAACCAGUCCUACUGCAUGCGUUAGCCAAAGACUACCAAUAUUAUGAAAUCCAAUCUGGAUACAGUGAUGAUAAAGAACGCACGCUGUCGAUUGUUGCUCACCUACAGCCAGAAAAACGAGUGGACAUAGCUGUUGACAUCAUGCUACCAGGCCAUAAGAAGAAUAUUGUACAUGGUGCUCUGUUCUUGCAAGACAACCUCGUCAAGAGCGAAUAUGGUCUUUCUAAAGAGAACUUUAACUACUUCGUCAAUGCCUUAAAGAACGACCUGAACAACCUCAAAACACGCAUCAAAGAACUCGGAGACAAAAACAGCGAAGAAUUCAAACGAAUGAUUGAUCGUAUUCAACCAACAUUUAAGAGAUUAGAGCAGUCUUACAUGGAAGACUUGGAGAAAAUUGUAGAUGAGGUCACAAACGAUGAAACUCUGAAGGAAAUGUCGGAAGCUCUGCAUUACGUCACCCAUUUCUUGGCAAAGUUAAUCGACGAUGUACUGAAAAUUACAAAACCAAUGAUGGACAGAAUCGCAAAUGCUAUAGUCGAUAUUGCUGAGAAGAUCAAGGAAAUGUAUGUUAAACAGUUGGAGCCACAAAUUAAGGAAUUGUACGAAAAUGUUGCUGCAGUUAUCAGUGAAUACUUCGAGGGUCUGAUCGAUAUAGCUGCACACUUCUCGGCUCUUAUUAUGGACUUCUUCGAACGUCAUAAGCCUGAAAUCGAAGAACUUACUAACACGCUUACUGAGAUCUUUAAAGAUUUGACAAAACUCUUGGUCGCACAACUUAAGGAAUGGCGCGUUAAAGUUUUGCAGAUAAUUAAAGAUAUUAGUGAACAAAUAGGUGAUCUGCCCAUCGUCAAUGUCCUUAAGGAGAAAUGGCAAGAAAUGGCAGUUCCGGAACAGGCUUUAGGUCUACUGAAUGAAGCCCACAAUGCAAUCCGUCAAAUAUUGCCUACAGAAGAAACCAAACACUUCGCUGAUGAACUGUUCCGCUACAUUUCAAAGAAACUUCAACAACAGAAGGUAGAUGAAGCGGCGGAACUGCGUCUAUUGUACGAGAAAUUCUCCAUGGCUGUAAGCUCCUUGGUUCAAUUCAUCCGCACCAACCUCAACGAUCUGGGAAUAUCUGCAGUCCCCAACUUCAAUAUCUUUUCUUUAUCACCAAACUUCGGUCCAAUACCAACUCCUACAUGGGGUGGAAGUGCAUCAUUCAGUUUUAUCAACCAAAUGCUGCAAGGAGAUGUACCCGAUCCGAUCGCGUUAAUCCGCGCCUACAGGCCACGUUCUAUCAAUCCAUUAGACGAAAUUCCAGCUAAACUCCGAGCGGUAGUUGUGAAUGGACAACAUAUCUUCACCUUCGAUGGCCGUCAUCUGACAUUCCCUGGCACUUGCCGCUACGUGUUGGCCCACGACUACGUCGACCGCAACUUUACAUUGAUUCUACAACUACAAAACGGUGCACCGAAAGCAAUCACAUUGGAAGACAAGAAUGGUGCCACCAUCGAGAUUAAGGAAAAUGGACAAGUGGCAUUGAAUGGAGCUAAUCAUGGAUAUCCAGUCAUCGAGAAAGAUUCCUUCGCCUUCCGCCAGACAAACGGCAACCUUGGAUUGGGCUCACUUUACGGAGUGAUGGUCUUGUGCUACGGAAAACUGCAGGUGUGCUACAUCGAAGUAAACGGUUUCUACCUCGGCAAGCUUCGUGGUCUUCUCGGAGACGGCAACAACGAGCCCUACGAUGACUUCAGAAUGCCGAACGGAAAGAUUUCUAUCUCGGAAUCUGAGUUUGGCAAUGCGUAUCGUCUUUCUGGCAGCUGUGCCGCCGCAAAGACCCCUGAACACUCUCAUCAUCAACUUCACAUGUCUCUGCCACCGGCAUGUGAGAUGGUCUUCGGAGGAACCUCACCUUUGCGUGCACUGUCUUUGGUCUUGGAUAUUGCACCAUUCAGACAAGCCUGUAUCCACGCAGCAUCCGGCGACUCCCCUCAGGCAGUACAACAAGCUUGCGACCUUGGCCGUGGUUACGCGGCAUUAGCCCUGACCGGUAUGCUUCCAGCCGUAAUGCCAUCACGUUGUCUCUCCUGCACUGAUGCCGACAAGGAGAGGCAGGUUGGCGAUACCUACGAACUGAAGUUGCCAGCCAAACAGGCUGACAUUGUAGUUGCUGUUGAAACAACACGCGACAAUGAAAAGGCAUUCAGGGAACUGGUUGUGCCCCUCAUUUCACAACUGGUCGACAACCUAAAAGGCAAGCGCAUCGGCGAUAUCAAAGUAUACCUUGUCGGCAUCACCUCCAAAUAUCCUUAUCCCAUUGUCUACGACACCGACCUGAAACUAAAAACAGCCAAAGUACAGUUCGACGACGAGAGCCGUUAUGAAAGUAUCGAGAGGGUGAAGACGGGCGUCGAGAAUAUCGACUCCUUUGAACAAACAGCGAUCGCAAUGGUGGAAUACAUUAAAAGAACUCUCGGAAUUACUAACGUAAUGGGAGGCUACACGGCCCUGCUCGAUUUGCCUCUACGACCCGGCGCUGUCAAGCAUACCAUCGCUGUAGUUUCACAGUACUGCCAGAAGCAGGACGCAGUGCUUUCGGCGUUGCGAUCGCUCGUCUACGGAACCUUGUACAAGGAGAAUGCGCACACGAACUCUAUCAUCGCGAAAACAAAUGAACUGACCUAUUCAGAUAAGAGACUACAACAGGCUGCUGGAUAUACGAAGCACUCUCUUCUAAUGUGCGGUGAAGAGAAGUACAAGGACUUGGAUGCUCUCAGAGCCACUAUUCGUACAAACGAUGAAUGCAUCAACUUUAUACAAUCGAUUGAUGGCUUCGUAUUCUCUGCAUCUAACUACGAGGACAUGAACCCAGCCAUGCAGAAGCAGUUCCUGCAGAUCGCAGCGGGCGCUAUCAGUAAGGAGAUGCUGCGAGAGGUGCUCGUGCAAGAAUGCACUUGCACUUAUGUAAAUCCCCUCACAGUACGCUCUGUGUGCAUUAACAAGGAGAGAAAGGAAGCUGCUCGCAGACGAAAGUAA